GGUGCCUCCUGUGCCGUGGAAAUUGGUCGUGGCUGCGGCUGCGGCGUCGGUGGGCGCCGUCCCCUGCUUCUUCACCUCGCUGGUGUCUCGGCGCUGACAGGCGGCGGCCGGCGGGAUGGAGAAAAGCAGGAUGAACCUGCCCAAGGGGCCGGACACGCUGUGCUUCGACAAGGACGAGUUCAUGAAGGACGACUUCAACGUCGACCACUUUGUGUCUGACUGUCGGAAGCAUGUCCAGCUGGAGGAGCUGAGGGAUGACCUGGAGCUCUACUACAAGCUUCUUAAGACGGCCAUGGUGGAACUCAUCAACAAGGACUAUGCGGACUUUGUCAACCUUUCCACGAACUUGGUUGGCAUGGACAAAGCCCUCAACCAGCUCUCCGUGCCUUUGGGACAGCUGCGGGAAGAAGUUCUGAGUCUCCGGUCAUCUAUCAGUGAAGGAAUCCAAGCAGUAGAUGAACGGGUGUCUAAACAAGAGGACAUUCGGGAGAAAAAGAUGUGUGUGUUGAGACUUAUACAAGUUAUUCGAUCAGUUGAGAAAAUUGAAAAGAUCUUAAAUUCUCAAAGUUCUAAAGAAACAUCUGCACUGGAAGAACGCAGCCCACUUUUGACGGGACAGAUUUUGGAGAGAAUUGCUACAGAAUUCAACCAGUUACAGUUUCACGCUGUGCAAAGCAAAGGCAUGCCUCUUCUGGACAAAGUAAGACCGCGGAUCGCCGGCAUCACGGCCACGCUGCAGCAGUCCCUGGAGGGCCUCCUGCUGGAGGGGCUGCAGGCUGCCGACGUGGACAUCGUGCGGCACUGCCUGCGGACCUACGCCACCAUCGACAAGACCCGGGACGCCGAGGCGCUGGUCGGCCAGGUGCUGGUGAAACCGUACGUGGAUCAGGUGAUUACAGAGCAGAUUGUGGAGUCUCAUCCAAAUGGCCUUCAGAUCAUGUAUAACAAACUCCUGGAGUUCGUCCCUCACCACUGCCGCCUUCUGCGAGAAGUCACAGGCGGAGCCAUCUCAAGUGAAAAAGGCAAUACGGUUCCUGGAUAUGACUUUUUGGUGAAUUCUGUCUGGCCAGAAAUAGUACGAGGACUAGAAGAGAACUUGCCCUCACUCUUUAAUCCUGGAGAUCCUGAUGCGUUUCACGAGAAAUACAGCAUAAGCAUGGACUUUGUGAGAACGUUUGAACGGCAGUGUGGAUCCCAGGCCAGCGUCAGGAGGCUGAGGGCCCAUCCUGCCUACCACAGCUUCAACAACAAGUGGAACCUGCCCGUGUAUUUUCAGAUAAGAUUUAGAGAAAUAGCGGGAGCCUUAGAAGCAGCACUUACAGAUGUACUGGAAGACGCUCCAGCCGGGAGCCCCUACUGCCUGGCGGCCUCCCACCACACGUGGAGCAGCCUGCAGCGGUGCUGGUCGGCGCAGCUGUUCCUGCCGGCGCUGGCGCACCGCCUGUGGAGACUCACGCUGCAGGUGCUGGCGCGGUACUCCGUGUUCGUCGGCGAGCUCUUACUCAGGCCCAUCUCCAACGAAAGCACCAAGGAUGUUAAAAAACCUUUGGCCGCUGGCAGCAAAGACCCCUCCGCCACCCAAGGGAACAGCGAGGACCAAGGCGGCGGCGGCCCUCCCGAGGCGAAGCCUGCCGCUUCCAUCUCCAGUGCUCAGCUGGUGCUCGUCGCCGCCGACCUGGACCGGCUGCAGGAGCAGCUUCCAGAGCUCUUGGAGACAGUCAAGCCAAAACUUGAAGUGAUUGGCGUUAAGGAUUUUUCUUCUAUCUCAGCAGCAGCCCUGGAGGACUCCCGGCAGUCCUUGUGCGCCCGCAUGCCCGCCCUCAGCAGCCGCAUCGUCCAGGACUUGAGCGAGUCCUGCUUCAGUUACCUGAGAAGCGCCCUGGAGGUGCCCCGGCUCUACCGGAGGACCAACAAGGAGGUGCCGACGACAGCCUCCUCUUACGUGGACAGCGCCCUGAGGCCGUUUCACCAGCUUCAGACCGGGCACCAGGACAAGCUGAAGCCCGCCGUCGUCCGGCAGUGGUUGGAAGGCGCCCUCUCGGAGAGCACGCACAAGUACUACGAGACCGUGUCGGACGUCCUGCACUCCGUGAAGAAGAUGGAGGAGAGCCUGAAGAGGCUGAAACAGGCCCGGAAAACCAACCCCGCCAACCCCAGCGGGUCCAGCAGCGGCAGCGGUGGCAUGAGCGACGACGACAAAAUCCGGCUGCAGCUGGCCCUGGACGUGGAGUACCUCGGGGAACAGAUACAAAAGAUGGGCCUGCAGACAAAGGACAUAAAAAGCUUCCCGGCACUCGCACAGCUUGUUGCUGCCGCCACGGACCAGGCAACAGCGGAGCAGCAGCCCUAGGCAUCCUGGGGGAGCCCGCGGGGCCCCAGCACCGGGCCAGGCGCCCGCUGGAAGAAAGCAACGCCGUCCUCUCCUCGGCCCCGAGCCCCCGGGGUCGGACGCAGCGUUCCCGCCGGGUCCCCAGUGACACGCUGGUCCCGCCCGGCCCAGCCCAACCCGGCCUGUCUGGCACAUUUGGGUCUUCUUUCACCCAGAAAGAACACUAAAGCCUUUUUCCAUUGUAUGGAAGAUAGUUUUUAAGACAUUUGAAACUUUCUACUAUAGUUUACAGAGCAAAUUAUUUUAUUUUUAUUGUAAACCUUAGUGAGGAAGAGAUGAUUUGUAAAGUACGAUUGAAGUAAAUGUAUAUACGCGAAUGCAGAGAGGGCUCUCCCUGGCCCGCAGCAGAAGCAGCCGCCUGUCGUGGUGUGGCUGCCCCAGGGCGGCGGCCUCUCCGAGACCGGCGUUGAUGGACUCCCCAGCGCGGCUGGAAAAUGCGGGCUCCCCGCCCUCCCGCCGGUGUUUAAGGUGGUGCUCUGGCGUCCUCUUCAACCAGCCCCAUGUCGGGAGCAGGAACCAGUCGGGAGGGUUUAUUUUCCGAAUAAAUGAAGUGUCUGCCCAGA